ACAAUGACGGGAUUCCCGUCUUCCCACCUGGACGAGGAUGUUGUUGCUGCGGCUGCUGCUGCCGAUGAUGAUGGGAUCAUGGUGCAUCUUUUCACCGUUUGCGUCCCUGAACUGGUUUCCUUUGGAUGAUGCGCAGAGGGGCUCUCGGUUAUGUUGCAGCCUAAUUUAGACAAACCCCAUCCCAACAGGAGAUCCAUGCCCGGGUGUUUGUGUCUUCAUCACCAUGUCCCCAGCAUCGGCUGCAGCGGACGGUGAAAGCACCACCGCCGCCGCUGCCGCCACCGAGACCACCACCACCACCGUCCCCGAAGAGGAGUCGGACAGUCCCCGUGAGGAGCAGCGACCACAGAAACAGUCCCUGUCUAAGUCCUUGUGUCAGGAAAGCCACUGGAAAUGCCUGGUUCUGUCCCUCCUGAUGUACGGCUGCAUCGGGGUGAUGGCCUGGUGCCAGGUGACCAAAGUCACGCGCCUCUCUUUCGACAGCGCUUAUAAGGGAAAGUCUAUGAUGUACCAUGACAGUCCCUGCUCCAACGGCUACAUCUACAUCCCUCUGGCCUUCCUGGUCAUGCUCUAUGUGGUCCACCUGGUGGAGUGCUGGCACUGCUACACCAAGAACGUGCUGCAGUACAAGGUGGAUGUGGAGACUGUGGUCGAGCGCGUCCAACGAAUGCAGCAGGCCACGCCCUGCAUCUGGUGGAAGGCCAUCAGCUAUCAUUAUGUCAGGAGAACACGGCAAGUGACGCGAUACCGUAACGGAGAUGCCUACACCACCACGCAGGUCUACCAUGAGCGAGUCAACACUCACGUGGCAGAGGCGGAGUUUGAUUAUGGGAACUGUGGGGUUAAGGACAUCUCAAAGCAACUGCUGGGUCUGGAGAGUUUCCCGAUCACCAGGCUAAGGUUCACAAAGUGCUUUAGCUUUGCCAGCGUUGAGUCAGAGAAUACCUAUUUGACCCAGCGGGCCAGAUUCUUCACAGAGAAUGAGGGCCUGGAUGACUACAUGGAGGCUCGUGAGGGCAUGCAUCUGAAGAAUGUAGACUUUAAAGAGUAUAUGAUUGCCUUUUCUGACCCCAAUCAGCUUCCCUGGUACACAUCUAACUCCACUUUUUGGGUGGCAGCUGCUUUCACCCUCUCUUGGCCUCUGCGGGUGCUGAUGGAGUAUCGUACCGCCUGUGUUCACUACCAUGUAGAGAAGCUGUUUGGCUUUGACUUUGUGCCAGUAACACCAUCUGAGGAGCGGCCGCAUUGCCGUCACAUCCCAAGAGUCAACACAAUCGACAGCACAGAACUCGAGUGGCACAUCCGCUCCAAUCAGCAGCUGGUGCCCAGCUACUCAGAGGCAGUUCUCAUGGACCUGGCUCAGCUCUCUGGGAGCUGCAACAGCUACUCCGUAGGUGGAGGCUACAGGCAGAACUGUGAACGCUGUCACCGUGCCAUCAGCAGCUCCUCCAUCUUCUCUCGCAGCGCCCUCAGUAUCUGCAACACCACGAGCCCUCGCAUCCCCUUCAGUGCCAGCCGCUUCUCACUGGGCCGCUUGUAUGGCUCCAGGCGCAGCUUCCCGUGGAGGAGUAGCGGGAGUCUGAAUGAACGGUCCUGCCCCACAGAGAGCACUCACUGUCUGUCAGAUCAGCAGACCACUGAGGAGAACCCUCCAAAUUAUCAGGACGCUUCGUACUUUCCUGUGCUCAUUGUGCAUCGCAACGAAGGCUGCCUCAACCAUGACCACCACUCCCUGCACAGAAACGGCUCCUGUGUAGAGACUUCACUAUGACCCAUGUCUGCCACACAGAGAAAGACCCCAUUCAGAUCUGGUAUUAACAUUUGUCCCGAGUCAUACGAUCACUUAGUGCAGACUGUGCUAGGUACAGGUCUAAAUCUUCCCAAUCCGUACUGAGUGUGUCCUCGGAUUGGAUCCCAGAAAACACAGUCGGAAGAGGAUGCAUGUGUCCACUAGGAAAGGGGGAUAUGGGCUGCCUCCUCACAUUUCUUCUGGCUUUCGUCGCAGGGUCCAGUUUAGGGUCAUGUUUCAGGUGGUGAAACUAAUUUGUUGUACUACGAUGCUUAAUAGUUGUUGUUUUAUUUAUUGCAAAUCUUGCAAAUUGCAAGUUUGCUCCACGUCAGACUUUCUGAAGCCAAACCAUUUCCACACAAUUAAAGUGGAGCCUCGAAACAAGCUACUCUGAAUCAUCUCCGCCUUCCACCACGUUUGUUGUUGUUCUACACUUGAACAAACCGCCGGCUCGGCUGCGAGUGCGUCGCAUACGUAAAUACGACUCAACACAAGGCAUUUAUCGCAAUUAUUUUUACCCCGAUAUAUUGUGAACGAUAAGAUAUUGCCCAUCCCUACUGGCCACACACAUUCUUUUUUUGUAAAGCUAAAACAUACAACAGCAAAAGCUGAGCUUUUUUUUUUUACUUUUCUCUCUGUGUGUCGAGCAGAAACACUAAAACACGUCAGCCUCAUUAAAAUCAUAGUGUCACUGUUCAUUUGAAUAAAGGGCGGGGGCGCCAGAUCUGAUCAUAUGUGGCCACAGGAGACCAGCCAGGACGCAUUUUAAUGCCAGGUGUGAACAGUUCUACGUAAGAUUAUUUGCGUGCAGUCUGUUAACAGGCUUGAACGGGGUCUAAGAAACCUGAGUUAAGAUAAUAAAGACUUCUGCUUCUACCUUCUACAUCAAGUUGUCAUCUACAAGCUAUGAAAAAAGGAUUUGGUCAAGUUCCUGGAUGGACUUGAUGAGACUGUUGUCCAAAAAUAAAAUGUGGCUUUAAAAGGACCACAAUGCCAAAGUGUCACAACCUCGAUCAACCUUACGGUGUCCGUAACCAACGAGGACCAAGUCAAGUCACAUCCUACUGUAAAUGCCACAUUUGUAGAUCUUAGUCACAGACAAUGUGCAAAGGACAUGAGUAACAGUUUCUCGCAUUUGGAGCCUAAAAUAGAUUUUGACUCAAUUGGCAAGACAUGACGGGGGAUAUGAAACUCAGUGAGCGAGAGAUGAAUUAUUGAUAAAAGAAUUGACACAUAAUGUGUGAAUGGGGUGAAACACGAGGGGAAAACAUAUCACCAUCGCACCUCGCUCUAAGUUUAAUUAAAAAGGUGUUGUAGUUCUGCUAAAAAAAUCUCACAGCAUUUAUAAAAUGAACUGAAAUUGUGCCCAAGUAUAAAAUACAAACAUCUACAAUUUCCUAAUUCAACGUCAGUGCUCAUGGAAACUCACUGGGGAGGAAAAAAGGGGUUAAAGUUUCCACAGUACAAAAAUAAAUGUCUGGUACAGAUGCUGAAAUAUCCCGAUCCACCGAGCUCAAAUCAGCUCGGUGGCGAUGACAUUAUACUUCUCCGCUUGCUAAAUAUAGAAACACAGUCGAUGAAUAAUUUAGCACAGGAAAAGCUAAAGGACACGACAACUCCAAACUGACACUGUUUGUCAAUCACUUUAUACUGUACAUUUUGUAAAAUCGCCAACUGACCACAUAAUAUUGAUGCCUCCGUGUCACCUCAGCUAUUUCUCACUCUCAAACAUCCAUUUUAAUUUCAUAUUUGGCAAUAUUUUUUAUUCAGCCUACCUCUUUAUUUAAGUGCCUAGCGAGCAACUGUUAACCGACAAGCAUUUGCUACCAUAACUUAGUGAUCUCAUCUCAACAUUUGUCCCUUUAAAGAAGUGAGUCCUACACGAGAAGAAACAUGUAUCACAUGGUCUACUUCUUGAUGUUAGAUAUAAAAGGUCAGACCGUCCCGUUUUGCAGAUUAAUUACUUCAUAAUGUAAAACAGGCUCUGUGUUGCUGCUGCUGAUGAUGAUGCAUAUCAGUGAGACAACCAGAGAGCUGGCCAUCAAAGACGCUACAAAU